UUAGGACAUUUACAAAGCAAAGACCAGAAUUGCACAAAAAAAUAAUGGUAGAGGAACUGCAGAGUAAACUGGCAAUGACCCAGAAGGCUGAAAUGGCAUGAGAGAUUCAGGAGCAAGCAUAGCAUCUGGAUUUGGUGGGCUGAGACUAGAAGGUAUAGUGGGUAGUGAAGAAUCACUAGGAGCAAUUUCCGAGCCACCGGGCGAAGGAAACAGAGGAGAUAUAUCUGGAGAAAGUGCAGGAAAUGGAGGUGAAGAUAAUGGUGGAUUUGGCAGCAAUGCAGGUGCAGCUGAAAUUGUUGAAGCUAACACCUUUCUUAGAGAAGUUUUCUCAAAGGCUAAACAAGAAGAAAAAGAUUGGCAGACCAAGAAAAUCAUGAGUAGAAUCAAGAAUGGCUUUUUGGAAGUGAAAGCCAUAAAUGAUGAUGAAAUGAAUGGACACCCUUUUGCCUAUUGUUGGCACAGAAAUAGUAAAGGUAUUAUCUUUGGUGGAAAGAAUGAAAGAAAGAAUGACAGAGUUGGUAUUAUGAUUGAAUUGAAGGAUUAUCAAGAAGAAUGUAGUUAGGGAAUGGUCUAAGAAGACAGCUUGGAAUGUAUUGGCAAUAGGACAAGAUUGGUGAAUGGUUAUUGUUUGUGAAA